CAUGGCGGAGAUGGAGAUAAGUAGGUCUCCAAACGAAGAUGGCUCAAAUGUCGGCUCAAGUCGAUCUUUGCCAUCGGCAGAGAAUCCUACGAUUCGUUCUCUUAAAUCUGCUGACAUUAGGACUUUGGUUUCGCCACCCAGUGGUGGAUCAUCUGCUACUGGGAGAUCUUUAUCGCCUGAUACGAGAUCAUCGCCAGCCGCCUUGGAGUUUGAAGAAUACAGGCCCUCGAUAGCAGAUAAGGUAAGGAUAGGCUUCUUUAGCCAGGACAGAUGCUCACAGACAGAAUCUAGUGAAAUCCUGCCGAUGAAAGAAAUGCAAGAAGUUAUGGCAAAGUUGGUGACGGAACUAGAUAAUAUCAAAAGAAAUCUACAUUAUUCUAAGCACAUUAUGCAAGCUGAAUAUGAAAAUAAACUGCAAGAAAGAGCUUUGGAUUUGUAUUGUCGAGUUAAUGACAGGAUUCUAGAUCUUGAAAAAAUUCAUGAGGGUAAACUGGAUGUUAUUAGGAGAAGUUACAAGCAACGAUUGGGAGAUGCAAUCAGUGAAGUUGCCAAUAAACACAAGGAUCACUACAACAAAAAAAGAGCUGAAGAACAGGACAAAAUUCAAGCCAAACUUGAGAAAGCACAAGGCGAUGACGAUGACAAAAAGAAAGCACAACAGCAGCAAGAAUCACUCCUAGAAAUGAUGCGAAUGCAAAUGAAGGAAGCUAAGGAACGUGCUGAUGCACAGAUAAAAGAGGCACUAGAAAGAAGGCCAUCACCCAGUAGCGUUGACACAGAUCCAGAGAUUUAUGAACUCAGAGAUGAGGUGCUAAAUCUGGAGACUAAACUAGAUGAAGCUUUGACAGAAAUUGAUGAGAAAGAUAAUACCAAUAGAAGAUUAGCUUUAGAAGUUGAAGACCUCACUGAACAACUAAAGGAUGAAAGAAAAACAAUUAAUCAGCUUAAAAAUGACUUGUCUAACAUCCAGCUCAAGGCUGAGCAAGAAAGAAAUCGACUGAGAGCAGAAAUGGAAAGACAAAAAAUAGCUUUGCAAAAUGAAAUGGAAUCUCGUAUCCAAGAAACAAAGAAAAGUCGUCACAACAAGAAACCUUUGCCAUCAUCAGAUAUUGUUCUUGCUCAAUCUCAAAAAGAAGUUGAGAAGUUGAGGAAGCUUCAUGAUCAAAAGUCUAAGGAACAAGAGCUGCUGGAGAAAAGACUACAAGAGAGCAUGAAAACUGAGCGGCCCGCUGUCAGCUACAAGUCAUAUAAACCUGCUGUUAAAUCACUAUGGGAAAAAGAAGAAGUGAGUGAAAGUGAAAAAGAUGGGUUGAUUGCACGCCUUCAAAAGAUUGAAAGGAAACAAAGGACAGAAAUAUCCAGAUUACAAAAGGAAUUAGACCGUGCCAAUAAGAUGUGGGAGAUGAAGGUUACUAUACUUCAACAGACGAUGCAUGCAUUAAGGGAUGAAAGUUUCCUAAGAACAUCACUUCAAAGACAAGCGGCUAAACUACAGCACGCUGCUGUAGUAUACGCGAGUAGUGGGCCUGCUGUCAUCCCCCUUCAGGACCCUCAUCGACCUGCAAAGACAUUCAGAACCCUGCCCGCAAUAAGGCCUGGUCGAGUAGAAGGCUUUGGUAGAAUACUUGAAGGAAAAAGAAUAAUGAGAGACAUAGAAACGCCAUUUACAGAAGAAAGACCAACGCCCGUCCCUGAAGACCUGGAGUCUGAUGAUAUGCACCAGAACUCUGAAAAUGAAUACAGUGAAAGCAUCAGCUUUACAGAGCGUCCUCCCAAAGACGAUACCCAAAGCUGCCACGAGAGACAAGGGUCUGCUAGUCACGUGGUUCCUGCUCCUAUGGCAACAGAAGCAUGACGUCGGCUCCGGUAAUGGUACAAGCUCAUGUUAUUUUGUUUGGUUUUACCUCAUUUUGUAGAUAAAAAAUUCAACUAACUUUAAAUAAUUUGAAGUUAUUUUAAGUUCUUGUACAGUAUUCUCUUGGGCAUUGUAUUUACCUAUUUAAGGUUUCAGUUAUUUUUGGUGUGUCUGAAGACUCUAGAGCAACAAAAACAUUUUCCCCCUGUAAAUAAUAAAUGUAUAUAAAGAACCUAAAAUCAUGUAAAUUAAAUAUAAGUUUGUCAGAAAAAAUGUUGUUUUCCUGUUUGAGGUGAGCUCGAUCAAGGUUACUAGCUAUUCAAAUACGAAGUCAAUGAUCUAGGCAGGAUAUCACCGAUGAUAAAUGAAAGACAACUUACAGCUAUGUACCUCAGGGCGUGGUCAACUAGCUAUAUUAAACAAGUGAAGCUUUGAUAAAACUAAACUGUGGCUUGAGGAUGCUCACAGGAGGUGAAACUGUAAUUAUUAAAGAUUCUCAAGUCCAUCAAUAGUUAUUGUUAGAGACCUUUAGCAUCAGGUUUACUGCUAACUACUAACCACUAGGAAGAAUCGAGCCCCGAAAAACGCCCGCAAACACGUAGCCUGCAAAGCAGGCGUUCUUGUGGGUUUGGGGAAAAACCAGGGUUUUGUGGGAACUUUGGAACGAGCGAGAAUUGAUCAUGAAACCGAGCAAAAAAAAGCGAAGGAGGAGGGGGCGUUCCCCACGUUCCCUUUUUUUGCUAGGUCUCAUUUUUCUCGCGGGCCCUUGGUCGAAACAAGAGCCCCAAAACCCCGAUUCUUCCUCUCAAACCCACCAAAAGAACGCGUGUUCUGCAGGCUAGCAAACACGGUAAAACACUAAGCAUCAAUGAAAUUCAAUAUGGCGGCUCUUCCAGCAACAACUUC